AUUUCAGCAGUUUCUCUGUACAUGUGAAUUAUUUCACAAUUUGAUCGUUUUGGGACUCGAAAAAGCAGUUCAACUUUGAUUUGUUUUGUCUAUUUCGUAGUUAACCUUUUACUUUAGCUUGAUUAGUUUAAAGCUGCGAGGAAUGAGUCCACUUGAAUGGUGACCAUCAAAUCGCCACUUUUUCGUUUUAUUUUGCUGGAUUACUACAACAUUUGUUGUAAAAAUCAACGCGUGAUGCGCGUUUGCGGCAACAUUUAACGAGAUGCCGCGACUGUACGUGGGCGGCUUGAGCCACUCGGUCACCCAGAAGGACCUGACGGAUCGCUUCGGGAAGUUUGGACACGUGGAGGACGUGGAGCUCCGGACCAGACGGGACGACGAGGGUGUUCCCUACAAAACGUUUGCUUACAUCGAUCUCAACAUUUCUGACACAGACCUGAAGAAGUGCAUGACAGUGUUGAACAAAUCCAAAUGGAAAGGAGGAACUCUGCAGAUCGAACCUGCCAAGGAGAGUUUGCUGAACAAGCUGGCUCAAGAGAGGAAGGCGGAGCAGCAGCGCCCCCGUCCGGACGCAGACGACAAACCACAAAACGCGCACAAGCUGCUGGAGUCUCUCAGCAAAGCCGGCGUGGACAACUUCACCAUGAAGGCGGCCGUGCCGGGCACAGAAAUCCCAGGACACAAGGACUGGGUGGUCAGCAAAUUUGGUCGCGUGCUGCCGGUCAUGCAGCUGCGCUGUCAGAAAGGCACCAAAGCGCGCACCGUCAAGUACGACCCGUCCAAGUACAGCCACAACAUCCGCCGCUUGGCCCCGCCCGCCGCCGCCGCUGACCCCCCGACCCCCGUGGCCCAGCUCACCUGGCAGAUUGACGGCGGAGACGACGACAUCAGCAAGAAGAGGCGGGGAGAGUUCCCGCCGUAUCGGCCGCCAAAGCCCAAGAAGACCAAAUCCCUUCAAGAUGUCAACAAUGCCAGACCGCCGCAGGUUUUCAUCGCUGCCAAGCCAGAGAAUCGUCGGCUGGUGAACGGAUUCAGUCCGGCAAACAACCAGCGGCCAGCUCAGAGGAGAGGACGCCGUUACGAGGACGCCGACGUGGACUCGGACGAGGAGAUACGCCGGCUGGUGGCGCUCGAGCCGCCUUCCCACGUUGCACCGGGCCAGGACGUGCAGGAGGACAACGUGGAAGUGGUGGGGGACGACUUCUUGGUCGAGGCCGGAGGCUUCCGGCAGAAGCGUGGAGGAAGACCAAAGAACAACGAAGACGAGCAGGACUACGACUCUGCUGACACGGAUGAACUCUUCGCUUCAAGGAAACGUCCUCUUCCUCCUCUGGAGAGCAUCUCAGGAGGAAGGAAGGGAAAGGAGAAGAGGAAAAGAGAAGAGCAGGAAGUGAGGAAGAAGAAAACGGCUAUUCUUUCCAAGGAGGAAGAGCAGGAUGAUGAUGACGAGAAGGAGAAAGCAGACUCGACCGAUACGGAGGAAAUCUCCACUUCCAGGAAACCUUCUCUACCUCAUCAGGAGAACAUCUCAGAGGAGGAGGAGGACGAGAGGACGAAGGAGACAACUCUUCUUUCCGAAGAAGACGAGGAGGAGGAAAACGAGGACGUCGACUCUGUCGAUUCGGACUACGAGGCCAUGUUCUCCAACGUCGCCCGUCUGGAAAUCUCCAUGGCCGAUCUCCAGAAGCUGGCCGAGGAAUCCCGGCAAACCUCGCGUGAACCCCGAGUCCCGCCGGGGCGCGUCCCCAAGAAAGGAACUUUGCCCGAGGACAUCCUGGCCUCGCUGCUGGCGGACGACGGCGGCGCCAGCGAGGCCAAACGACAGUCCAAGAAGAAAGGGAAAAAGCUCGCCACCGCAGCACUUCCCGUCUUUCGGGGCACGGGAAUGCUCGACGAGGAGGUGGUGAACAAAACCGACGCUCCUGAGAAAAAUGAGGCGAGAGAGGACCGCUCGGAUGUUUCUUCGUCGUCCUCCCCGUCAGAGGAGGAGGAGGAGACGACGGCGGUAGAUGCGGCGUGUCGCCCGAGACUGAGCGCCCGGGAGGAAGAGCAGCGACAGAGGAAGGACAACGCGAGGAGACUGGCCGCCGUCCAGCAGAGGCUGAAGGAGGCGCAGGAGCACAAGAAGCUCCUCCAGGGGGCGCUAGCCCACGUGGAUGCUGUGACUGCGAGAACGGGAAAACACAUCGUUUUUGAUUCCGACGACGACGAGGAUGACGAUGAGCAGACAACGGUCGCCGACUCCAAGAUGUCUCUGCCCCGGGACAACCAAUCAGAGGACGACGACGAGGCGGCAGCCAAUGAGAGCGUCCCGACUAAAUACGAGGAGCGGGAGAAGGCGUCAGGCCCUCGGCUUUUCGGCAGCAGUGAGGAUGAGGAGGACGGCGACGAAGAGGAAGAUGGCGGCAGGUUCGACAUCAGGCCACAGUUUGAAGGACGAGCCGGACAGAAGCUGAUGGAGCUGCAGUCUCGCUUCGGCACGGACGAACGUUUCCGGAUGGACUCUCGCUUCCUGGAGGAAGAAGAAAAGGACGACAGCAAGGCAGAGUCAGAGACGAGCGCGGCGGUGGAUGAGGAUGUUCUGCAGCAGGAGGAGGAGAAGAGGAGGAACAUGUCCAUCCUCGAGGGCCUGCCGGGACUUCACCCCAACAGCGGAACGACCGCCGCCAAGACCAAAACCUUCAGAGACAUGUCGGCGCUGCACUACGACCCGAGCAGAGCGGAACACGCCGCCUUUGAACGCAAAGUGGACGACAACAAGGACAGCAAAUCGGCCCGGCGGAAGAAGCGCGAGGAGGCUCAGAAGCUUCCGGAGGUUUCCAAGGAGAUCUUCUACGACGUGUCGGGCGACCUGAAGGGCAUGUUCGGACCCGUUGCCGACGGCGACGACCACCGGCGGCCCGUGGACCCGCCCGAGACCGGCUGGGACCAGGAAGACGAGGACAACGACGAAGAGCGGCCCCCGCCAGAAGAACAUUCCGGCUUCAUGUUCUCCUUCUUCGGCGACAAAAUCCAGACAGCAAGUCGACACGCGGAGUACAAGGCGGAGAGCGUCCACGCCGCCGAGGUGUUGCCGUGGCAACGAGACCCCCGCCUACGAGACAGCAGCGAGGAAGAGGAGGAGGAAGAGGAGGAAGAACAAACGGAGAAAAGCGAGGCGGCGCCUAAAAACACGACAGAGGAACUUGUUCCUUCCACGAACAAUUUCUUCUUCUUCCGCCUUGAUGACAGCAGAUUGACAGAGGGUCCCCGCCGCUUCCGUCGUCCGUGCCAGCUGGAGGACGAGCGAGACGAGUGGGACGAGAGGAGGACGGCGCUCAGACAGGAGUACCGCAAGAAACACAAGGACGCCCGCAGGAAGCUCAAAUCCUCCCAAAACACUUGAACGCUUUCAACCUCCCACAAACACCGUGCGUUAAAAUCAGCAUGCGGAAACAUACCGCUGCUUUUAGAGAGUGUGGUCUGAAAAUGAAAUAUGAUAUCUAUUCAUGUAUCUUUUGGCAUUGAUUUUGCCAACUGAGGUCUUCCACACUUCAUCACAGUUUUCCUUUGUACCUUCAACCAUCUUGGAUGAGAUCCUGUCAAAUAAAAUGAGGAUUUGUAUUUUCA